AUGUCUACCAUCACAGAUAUCACGGACGAAUCUACCUUUCACUCGCAUGUUUCCUCCCUCCCAUCAACCGCCCUAGCCGUCGUUUCCUUCCACGCGCCAUGGGCAGCCCCAUGCAAGCAAAUGCGUCUCAUUCUAGAAACCCUCGCUUCAUCCUACCCACCGCAAUCACCACCAGUCAUCUCAUUCCUAAGUCUUGACGCCGAGGCUCUGCCAGAAAUAUCCGAGUCCUACGACGUCACUGCUGUACCAUUCCUAGUCCUUCAGCGAGAUGAGAAGGUGCUCGAGAGCGUCAGUGGAAGCGAGGCUUCGAAGGUACGGGACGCGGUUGAACGCCAUGCUGGAAAAGGGGGUAAUACUGGGAAGCUUGGCCUGCCACCUGCGUUGAAGACCAGCCCAGUAGGAGGCGGAGAAGAGAAGGGUCAGCAGACGGAGAAGACCAAGAAUCUAAGUAGCUAUGCGCCGGAAAGUGGUGACGCUGCAACGGCGCCUGAGAUGUCGUCCACGCAGGGCCAGAAGGAGGAAUUGGACCAGAGAUUGGGAGAGCUGGUAAAGGCCGCACCUGUAAUGCUCUUCAUGAAAGGGACACCUAGCACACCACAGUGCGGCUUCAGCAGACAAUUAGUUGGUUUGCUGAGGGAGAAGGGGGUGAGAUACGGUUUCUUCAACAUACUUGCAGAUGAAGAAGUCAGACAAGGGUUGAAGGCUUGGUCCGAUUGGCCAACCUUCCCACAGCUGUAUCUCCAAGGGGAGCUCGUUGGGGGUCUUGACAUAGUGAAAGAAGAGUUGGACAGUAAUCCGGGCUUUUUCUCGGAAUAUCAAGCGGCGCCCAAAGGGCAAGGGGGUAUGUCGGCGCCAGAAGCUCAGACGGAACCGAUCAGUACUUGA